CAAGCUCCCCGCUGAGUGUGGAGCCCGAUGACCAUGACCGCGGGACUCCAUCUCAAGACCUUGAGAUCAUGACCUGAGCCGAAAUCAAGAGUCGGACCCUUAGCCGACUGAGCCACCCAGGCGCCCCCAGUCUACUCAUUUUUUAAUUAAGGACUUAGUCUGGUUGAUUUUUAAGUUCUCUUCCAACUGUUUCAUGCUGAGCAUCCCACUUGAGUAUGAGGGCCUUUUGCUAUUGGUUUUAUUGUUGAAUUUGGUUCUGGGUCUCUCUGUUGCUCUAGGUCAGCCAUUCCCUUGUUUGGUGACUCCUUGGCCAGCUUCUGUACCUGAGUUGUUGCUGGCCGAAAAACUGGAAAUUAGCUUUUCAGAAAUUAUCUUACUCAGUGAAAAUGCAGGAAGCUUGUGCAUGAAACUCACUCGUCAAACACACACACACACACGCACACACACACACACAGAGCCAAGAAACCACAGGGCCCAUCGGUUUGUCGUCAUCAAGCAGACGAGAACAGUGCAGAAAACUCUAGGCAGAGAGGAAAUGAACUUGAGAGAAGGGGGAACACACAGCAGGGAGGAGAAAAAGAGGGCUGGAGUGGAAGGAGAGAGCUGAAGGGCUGGGGUGCCGGCACGGUGGGAGGAUGGAAGAAGUGGCAGUGAAGCAGGGCUUCUUACACCUGCUGCAGCAGCAGACUUUUGGAAAGGUAAGAGCAAGACUGUGCUGGGACUGGGCAGAAGGCCUGGGGGGGGGGGCUGCUAGAAAUCCCUGGGGAGGAGGAGGAGCCCCCGAAUGUUUCAAAACCCUUAUGGGAAGAUAGGCACUAUGCCACCCACCAUGUUAGACCCAGAGCUCAAGCUUGGGAGGAGUCCUUCCUCAGCAGCCGCUUGCUUCCCCAGCCAGGCCCCAGACUGUGCUGUUUGCAGACGGCUGUUCAGUUCACCAAUGGGGAGGGGGGUAAAGAAGGGCUCUAACUCCAUUUCUUGCCUCUUUGGCUCUGUGGUAACUUGUCACGGGGAUGCUUGGGAAGGGAAGGGACGGGAAGGAGCAGCAGAGGGGAUAAUUCGGGGUUGCAGUGGGGUUCCUUCUCCCUUUCCUGCUCUGGUGGGGUGACUUUGGCUGGUGGCAAGCUUGAACGGGGGUCUCUGUGGCCAGCCUCCUUUUCCUUCUUUGGCCUCUUUAAAUGAGGAAGUCCUCUUUCCCUCAGCUGAUUCACACUAGGGCUUCUCUGUCUCUCUCAUGACCCAACCUGUCAAGGGAUGAAGCAGGAAGGUUCAAGAGGGUGGACUGAAGUUCCUGGCCUGGGGCCUUCUGCCAGACCUCACACAGAGCGAGAACCAUGGUCUCUGGUCAGGGCCCUUGUGCUGCCCUCUCAUCCCUCCUCUGGGCUUCAGGGACUUACAGGAUUUUGCCCUUUGACUUGGAUCUUGGCUGGGCCUGCCUUGCAGUCUGCCUCCAUGGGCUCACCGUUGUGCCUUUCUGCCUUCGGCAUUCUACCUGCUGUCACUGUCUCUUCCUUGGUUGUGGGGGGCAGAUCUCCAACGAUUUCUAAUUGCUAAGGUCCCUGCUAUUCUCUCUGACUCCUUGGGUCUCCUGUGAUCUUCACCUCUCUCCUUGUCCCUGAAUGCAGCCCCAUGACCUCUCCCAUGCUUCCUCCUCUCCCCUUUGGUCACCAUCCAUUUCUCGGUGGCUCCCUCUUGGCACCCCACCGGCCAUGCAUCUGGAUUCAGAAAUGGCGCCGGUUUGGGGCUGUGCUGUAUGGAGAGUCAGACUGCGCCUUGGCCCGGCUGGAGCUCCAGGAGGGCCCAGAGAAGCCGCGCCGGGGCGAGGCUGCCAGGAGGGUGAUCCGCCUCAGUGACUGCCUACGGGUGGCUGAGGCCGGCGGGGAGGCCAGCAGCCCCCGGGACACCAGCGCCUUCUUCCUGGAGACCAAGGAGCGCCUGUACCUGCUGGCAGCCCCCGCCGCAGAGCGCAGUGACUGGAUCCAGGCCAUCUGCAUCUUGGCCUUCCCUGUGAGCCAUCUACGGGGCCAGAGGAAGGAGCUGCUGGGGCCUGGGGGGAAGGGCAGCCGGCCCUGCAUGGAGGAGAAUGAACUGUACAGCGGCACGACUGCAGCCCCCCGCAAGGAGUUUGCUGUGACCAUGAGACCCACAGAAGCCAGUGAGAGGUGCCGGCUCCGGGGAUCCUAUACCCUCCGGGCUGGGGAGACUGCCCUGGAGUUGUGGAGUGGCCCUGAGCUGGGCACCCAGCUGUUUGAGUGGCCCUACAGGUUUCUGAGGCGCUUUGGGCGGGACAAGGUAACCUUUUCCUUCGAGGCAGGCCGACGCUGCAUCUCUGGAGAGGGCAACUUUGAGUUCGAAACGUGGCAAGGCAACGAGAUCUUCUUGGCCCUGGAAGAAGCCAUUUCGGCCCAGAAGAACAGCGCCCCUCCUGGGCCCCAAACCCAGCUAGCCACGGUCCCUGCGGUGCUGCCCCGGCCAGAAAGCCCCUACUCCCGGCCCCAUGACUCACUGCCACCUCCGUCGCCCUCCACUCCAGUGCCCACCGCCCGGCCACGGGGCCCAGAGGGGGAGUAUGCAGUGCCCUUCGAUGCAGUGGCCCGUAACCUGGGGAAGAGCUUGAGGGGCAUCCUGGCGGUCCCUCCCCAGCCCCCCACGGACCCUCUGUAUGACAGCAUUGAGGAGCACCCACCCCCGCGACCUGACCACAUAUAUGAUGAGCCUGAGGGAGUGGCUGUCCUGUCCCUGUAUGACAGCCCACAGGAGCCCCAGGGUGAGGCCUGGAGGAGGCAGGCCACAGCUGACAGGGACCCUGGCAGCCUCCAGCACGUCUACCCAGCAGGGCAGGACUUCUCUGCCUCUGGCUGGCCACAGGGAACUGAGUAUGACAAUGUCAUUCUUAAGAAAGGCCCAAAGUGAUGGGGGUGGAGAAGGCGUAGACCUUAUCAAAUACGGGUGCUGAAGCCUGUGGGUGCUGAAGCCUGCCUGUCCCCCCGGGGGUGGGGUCAGAGGUCCGUGAGAAGGAGCGGGAGGGUGGCAGCAGGCCUUCCUUCUAGUUUCUGCUGGUUACUCCUCCUGGCUGCUGCAUUCCAGGGACUUCCCUCUGCUCCUUCCGGAACCCUGGGCUUGGCCUACCUUAGCCUGGUCCGAGGAAUUGUCCCUCCCAGGGCCUGCUGCAUGAGUCACCAUCCCCAUGCAGGAAGAGUGCCUGAAAGCGACGCACCCUCCUCCUACCCCUUUCCACUUCCUCUUCUUUCUUUCCCCGGCCUAAAGGAACCUUGGGCAUUUAGGGCAGAGGACAAAAGGAUGUCAGCAAAUUGCCCUGGUUCCUUGGCUUGUGCGGGCCUCCUGCCUGCUGGGGAUAGCCCUGGCUCCAGGCACCCGGGAGGAUGGCUGUCGCUUUCUGUAGGUUUUGGACUUCUCUGUGGCAUUAAAAUUUCUGGAAUAUU